AGGGUCGUGUCGACUUCGAAAAUAAGUAAACAGUUUGUAAGAAAUAAUAACGAGGGGCGCUUCAAGAAAUGGUGCCUGUGCCUGUCAAUCAUUCGCGUCACGUGCCAGCGGGGUGAUUUAUCGCGGGGUUUAUCGAUCUGCCAAGAGAUCGGAUAACCACCAAGCCCAGCCCAAGCUCUCAAUUGUAGAUCGCAUCUUUGUCUCCCGAUCACACCAAAACCUGACGCGACAUCCUGCCUCCCAGACCCGACAUCUUCUUCUCGUCCCACAAGAUAAUCAUCAUGUCCUUGAUAUCAACCCACCUCGCCCAAAUCGCCCUCUCCUGCGAAGGCAUAGACAGCCUCCCUUUCCCCCCACCGAAAAUCUUCACCAACGCCCUCCUCUCCAACCCAGACAUCACCUCCCUCAUCCGCGAUACCGAAGCCCACGAACGCGCCCUCUUCUCCGUCCCCGCACCCCCACCACCACCAACCACCACCCCCCAUCCCGAGCAACCUAAACCCUCCAACCGCAGGCAAACAGUCUUCAACGUCGCCGCCGGAGAAGUCACCACCGGACCAGCACCCAACUCCUCCACCCGCCGAUCCACCGCCGUCGCCGCCGUUUUGGGCGGUGAUCUCCACGCGCAUCUGACCCGUAGACACAAGGAAGGCGAGGCCGACAUUGAACUACUACUACAAGGUGCCGAGAAGCUUUGUGGUGUCUAUGCCUUACCGGGCGCGCUGGAGAGGAUACCGCAACUAAGAAGAAAGUGGGAGAUGCAAGGGCAUACUCUCGCAUAUUACGAGCAAAAGGUCGCCGAGCAACAAGAGCAAUUGCAGGCCAUGAAUCAACGAAACGAAUGGGAUGAGGACGAGGAAAUGGAGCAUGUGGAGGAGGAAAAGGGGGAUUACAUCACAGAGGAGGAUUUGCGGCGGGAUGAGGAGGAGCUGAGGAAAUUGGAGAGGAAGAGGCGGGAGCUGCAGGCCAAGUUGAAGAGCUUGGAAGGUGAUAUUGGGGGGUUGAUGGAUAUUUGA